GACGGGACACCCACAAUGGCGGCUGCUCGGGACAGCGACAUUUCGUUGUGGCUUCACAAUAAACUGGGAACAUCAGCUGACACCUGGUCCGAGGGCUCUAUUUGUGCACAGUUGAAUGUCGAAGUGCUCAGGAAUAUCAAGGAGUGUUUCGUGGAGCUCCAGACGCAAGUUAAACUCAAAUUACUGCUAUCGUUCUUUCACAUCCCCAAACGCAAUGUUGAAGAGGUGAGUGGGAGACUGUGUGUUGCUGGUGUUGUGUUGCGGGCGUGUUGCGGGCGUGUUGUGUUGGCCAGGGCGGCGGUGGGUGUGUUGCGGGCGUGGCCAAAGUCUGCUUUCACAGCUGUGUUAACUAGGCUGUGUCGGUCUACUUACAUAAUUCCUGGCAAGCAACCUCAGUUCUUGGGUGUCCUGUUUGUUGUUUUAUGUCAAUUGUCAUGUUACAUCGUUCAUUUUGGUAUCAUAUUGUUCACAAUAGAAAUCUCUAAAGGGAUAUAUGUAUACAAGGUCAAAAAGCUCGGCGUGCCACCCGCAGAAAACCCGAAAAUCGGCCGAGCGUUACCAGUGAAGGGAGCACCCAUCUGCACACCCACAACACCUGCACAAAACUGUGUGUCGAAAGUUGAAGUCACCACGCAAGAUGAUGAUUGGGGCAAGGUUAUUUUCUGCAGGGAGCCACCAGAGAACCAACGAAUCACCCAUGACUUGAUAACAGAGCUUCGUAAAUUAGUCAAAAAGCACAGCGAGCUGGGAUUACUACCAAUGGAGUGCAACUACCUCAACAGAAAUGCAUUUAUGGCUGCUGCAGGUGGUCAGGCACCUCUCACCAAACACUUUGCUCUUAAGAGAAAACCAAAGGCUGCAGCUUUGCGGGCAGAGCUGCUUAACCGUUCAGCUGAUGCCCAGGCAAAUGUCAAGAAAAGUCAACUACCCACAGUCCCAGUACGCUCCAGAGGCAUGCCACGCAAGAUGAACGAUACCACACCAUUGAAGGGCAUUCCCAGCCGGUUGCCAGGCUCUGGACUGAGAGGUUCAGGUUUGGGUUCCACCCCAGUAAGCCGGCCGCUGGUACGUUCCACAGUCACCCGUAAAGAUGGUGGCAUCAAGCUCCUGGAUAUCACAGAGUCACCAAUUGCUGUUCAACAGGCCAAGAAAAGAAGAAAGCUGCAAGACACAGCAGAUGCCAAAGCUGCAGAUGCUGAGGAGAAGAGAAAAGAGCAGCAGCAAGCAGAUGGGAAGCAGACAACACAGCAGCCACAAGCACAGCAGCAGCAGACAACCCCAGAUUAUGCUGCUGGCCUCACUCCCUCCAAUCCACCCACGCCUGGUCCUCCAACACCAUCCACUCCACUACUUUCUGCUUCUGCUGGAGGGGCGUCCACGCUUCAUACUAAUGCAGUGGCUGUUGGCACUAUAGCAGCACGGUCCACACUGCAGCAGAAUGCCAGCUCUGGUGGCAGAGCAACUCCUUCUACUCCAGCACCUCCUUCUGGUGCGUCCACACCUCAACGUAUCAUUGUAACGCCCAGUACGCAGGCUGCAGGGUCUCCCACAGUCGUGUACCGUACAGUGGCGCACACUCCAGUCUUCACCACGGCGGAAGUGGUCCAGGCUGCCACCGCAGUUACUGUCACCCCGGCCACCAGUGAGGCUGCUACAACUGUUUCUCAGCCACAGUAUGCCACACUUCAGGGAAGGUCAGUAGUUGGCUUUGGAGGCACCUUGAUGAUAAGUCGGACUAAUGCAGUGGCUGUUGGCACUAUAGCAGCACGGUCCACACUGCAGCAGAAUGCCAGCUCUGGUGGCAGAGCAACUCCUUCUACUCCAGCACCUCCUUCUGGUGCGUCCACACCUCAACGUAUCAUUGUAACGCCCAGUACGCAGGCUGCAGGGUCUCCCACAGUCGUGUACCGUACAGUGGCGCACACUCCAGUCUUCACCACGGCGGAAGUGGUCCAGGCUGCCACCGCAGUUACUGUCACCCCGGCCACCAGUGAGGCUGCUACAACUGUUUCUCAGCCACAGUAUGCCACACUUCAGCCUGUACAGCCUGAAAUGGUGUAUGCUGCAACCCCUCUGACCACAGCAGCCCUGACAACACCAGCGUCACCAGCACCUCAACAGCCAGCGCAGCAACAACAAGUAACCCAGGUUAUCACUGUGACGCCGCAGCCGGAGACACAGCCAACCCAGCCAGUUCCUAUCAAUCAAGCGGCGGUUGCUACACAACAGCAACAAUCUCAACAAAAGCGAGGACUCUCACUCACUCGAGAGCAAAUGUUGGAGGCACAAGAGAUGUUCCGGACCAGCAACAAAGUUACGAGACCUGAGAAGGCCCUCAUCCUGGGCUUCAUGGCUGGCUCUAGAGAAAAUCCAUGUCCGCAUCUGGGUAACAUUGUGACCAUCAAGCUGAGUGAAGGUGAGGAGACCGUGUCACAGCCCGAGGGAACCCACAUCAGCAUGCUUGCGGAAACCCACUUCCAGAUGAAUUAUAACACUGGAGAAUGGAAGCGCAUCAAAAAAUACAGACCACUGCCAGCAGAGUGAUGUUUGCCAAGUUGCCUGUUAGAUGACAAUAUGGCAGACUUGCCCCAUCUCAUAGAUGCCACCAACUGCAUGGCACUCUGCCCGAGAUCUGCCCGGUUAGGUUUUAUUAGGGCUCCUGCAGUGUGAUAAAGAAAUAGUGUCCAGAUAUCCACGAAGUACAUUAUUUAGUUGUAGGAAAGUGUUGACCAGAACUGUUAGCACAUGAAAUAUAUGUGCUGUUUUCUGGUGCUAUUGGAGGAGAGAGUGGACUGGCCUGAAGAGGUUUGUGUGUGUUGAACAUAGCUAGUGGGAGCUCUGGUGACCUCCCGUCUUGUGACUAACAUGGACACUACAAUCAACCAUUCUCUUGCAAGCUUAAUGUCACAUCAACCACUUCCAUUCUUUACAUUAUACUUCAAUCAAAUAAUAUAUAUAUAUAUAUAUAUAUAUAUAUAUAUAUA